GAAACACACACACCGGCGCCAAGAGUGCAAAUACAUGAUGAGUUCAAUAGGCGGAGGUUAUCCAGUUCAAGAGACGAACAGCUCAGGCUCCCAGCCAUGGACUCAACCAAACAGGGAGCAUCGUCAGUCAGAGAGUCCCUCUAUCACGGUCUCAAGACCAGUGUAUCUGCUACUUCAUUAUCUGCAUAUUAUUAAGAGCUUUACUAGUGACCCCAACACAGAACAUGGAUGGAGAACACUAGAAGAUUACAUCAUGAAUGGUCAUCCAGGAAAGGAGGAUUUGAUUCUACUUGUGAUGGACAUUCUUUUUAUUUUAAAUGUCUUUCACUCUCUCAACGCCGUUCACGGUGAUAUCAAAAAGCAGCAUGUUGUAGUGGAUAACGAUGGACGUGCCAAACUGAUCAAUUUUGAAAAGGCUGAACGAGUGAAGGCUGGUGAUGGCAAGAUCCAAGAAGAAAUACAGAAAACUGGUGAACUGGCAUAUUAUAUCCUCUCUGGUGGAGAGUCUUACCCUCAGUCUGACGGUGAUGGCAGCUGGACUAACAAGGACAUCAUACUGGACCUCACUGAGUGGAUGACCCACCCAGACCCAACAAAAAGGAGAAGUCUGGAGGAUGUUCUCUACCACCCCAUCUUCUGGACCGACAGCAGAAAGACGAGGUACCUGCAGGCUGUGGGGAACUUUUCAGAGGUCAAACAACACCAUAAAGAUGCCAAACAUGACCUCAACAAAAAAUCCAAGGGCAAGUCUUUUGUGAACUGGCGACAAGAGGUGGAAAAAGAUUUUGCUGAGCUUUUGAAGAAGAUGGAUGAUUAUUGGGAGAGAAAUGGAAAACCUUACCCAAAUGAUCCAUGUGGGCUUCUGCACUUCAUACGCAAUGUGUUUCAACACAAAGCUGAAGAGGCUCCAUCCAUAAAGUUCACCUCACGGUUUCCUGACCUCUUUGAGACCGUCUACUUCUUUGCUGAGGAGAAGGGAUGGAACUUCAGAAAUUCUCUACAGUACAUCUUCAGAGAAUUUUUUGACAUAAUCUUUAAGAAUGCUGCCACAACCCAACCAGAGGUGCUGGCUGAGCACUGAGACCCCCACCCUAACCCUACAUGUGGAUCAGGAGAUGCAGCAGCACUCACAGCACUCAGGAUGAACCCCUGCAAAGCUGCUGUCCCUGACAGAUUUCCUAGGUAUUAGCUCAAGGAGCCCAGCUUAAUGUCUUCUCAGACAUCUUUAACUUCUCCUUGAUGCAGAUUGCUGUCCCAACAUGCUUCAAAUCAGCCACCAUCAUGCCAGUGCCUAAAGGUUUUCCCACUGCCUUAAUCACUACUGCUCUGCUACGCCUAUAAGCAAACCGCUCCACUGAAGAUGUGAGGGAGAUGAAGUUGUGGUGAACUCUGUGAAUGUCAGCAAUAAACUGCACAGUUUGGAGUUACUGGGAGCUUUUUGCUCCCAUCCCCCUAUUUGAGUGUGUGUUAGACUGGCUUUACAAGGUGAAACUUCAGUGCAACCAAUGUAAAAUGCAUCAAACGUUCCAUGAAACUUGACAGUUAUACAAAGCAAUUCAGAAACAGCUGCAGGCUGCACUUGCGUUACUUGCAUCUGAUCACAAAAUGAAAAAGCACCAGUCUAAAUUUGCACAAAA